AUGACUUUCUUAAAUCCAAUCAAAGCCAUUCUUUUCUAUCUAAUGGUCAUAUUUGGAAUUAGUUACAACCUCCUGUUCAUCAUCACACCUGGUGUUCCAUUCAUUUUUCUCAACCGACGACUUUACUUCCGUUGGUGUUCAUCCGCUGUGGGUUAUUAUCUACUAAUGCUCACAUGUUUACUAGAAGAUCUACUUGGAAUUCAAGUUGUUUUGACGGGAGAUAACUUAAUCCACGACAAAGCACGCUCAAUAAUUCUGUUGAAUCACCGCACGAGACUCGAUUGGCUAUACGUCUGGAUGUUACACAGUCGAUUUCAGAUUCUAGGACAACUCAAAAUCGUAAUGAAAGCCAGUUUAAAGCGAAUACCUGCGAUGGGUUGGGCAUGUCAACACGCUGGAUAUCUUUUUCUUCAACGGCAUUGGGAACGAGAUCAAGAAAGAAUCAAGAAUAUCAUUGGAUACUAUCAAUCAUGUCAAUCACCACUUUCCUUGUUAAUCUUCCCCGAAGGAACAAAUUUAACCAAUGAAACGAAGACUAAAAGCAAUAACUAUGCAUCGAAGCAACAAACUUACAAUCGCCCGUAUGAACAUUGUCUUCAUCCACAUGUCACCGGAUUUGCGUAUUUAGUCAAUGCAAUGCGAACAAGUGGAAUCAUUGAUGCGAUUGACGAUGUCACUAUUGGUUAUGAAGGGAAAUUCCCGAUCACAGAACUUGAUUUACUGAAAGGUCUUUUUCCAAAAACAGUUCAUUUUCAUGUGAAACGUCAUAAACUCAAUGAAAUUCCUCAAGAUGAACAGCAAAUCGGCGAUUGGUUACGCAAAUGUUGGGACGACAAGGAAAACCGCUUGAAAAAUUUCUACGAAAACAAGUACCAAUUCGAUUCGACUUCAAAUCGAUUCAAUAACGAACAAAUGGAGUUCACCACUCGCUUCCAACGCCGUCUAUCCUUAGCUUUCUGGAUCCUCUUCAUUCUCUUUUGGUCCUACUGCAUCAUCGCUUUCGUGAAGAUCAAACUAUACGUUUGUUUAGUUUGUAUAUUUCAUCUCGUAAUGGAAACCUAUGCCAAUGGUGUGAUCGACUUCGUCUGUCAACUCGAUGCAAACUACCGACGAGCUCGACCAGCAAUUAAACACGAUUGA